AUGGUUUCGAAGAGCACAAAUCCACCGGAGGGCUUCUACUUGGAUCCGACGGGCAUGGCGUUGCCAAGCCUCGGCUCGUUUUCCUCACCGGCGGCUGGCAAUACGACGUCGCAGGCAGAAGACCCGAGCAAGAAGAUCCGGAAACCGUACACUAUCACCAAAUCACGCGAGAGCUGGACCGAGCCGGAGCACGACAAGUUUCUCGAAGCGCUGCAGCUAUUUGAUCGUGAUUGGAAGAAGAUUGAAGCAUUUGUUGGUUCAAAGACUGUUAUUCAGAUACGCAGCCAUGCACAGAAGUAUUUUCUUAAAGCACAAAAGAGUGGGACAAAUGAACAUCUACCUCCACCUCGCCCGAAAAGAAAAGCUGCUCAUCCUUACCCUCAGAAAGCUACCAAAAUUGCCCCUGUUGCACCUCAAGAUUUGUCGCAAUUCCAAGCACCCCUUGCUGUUGCUGAUACUGGAUAUGUUAUGAGGCCUGAUCAUUCAGUACCACUCAAGAAUCAUGAUUCUGCAUCGGUACCUGCCCCGACAGACAAACCAUUGUCUAGUACCUUUUCACAUGUGACCAGAGUUGAGGACAGAUGGGGACAGUGGAUGCCUAAUAUUAACCCUUGUGGUAGCAAUGAAAGCACGCCAAGGUUGAGGCCCACAGUUCUUCCUGACUUCACUCAAGUAUACAGUUUCAUAGGGAGCGUUUUUGAUCCAAAUGAGAUGGGCCAUUUGCAGAAAUUGAAGUUGAUGGAUCCGAUAGAUAUUGAGACGGUGUUGUUACUGAUGAGAAAUCUUUCAAUCAACUUGGCUAGCCCUGAUUUUGAGGAUCAUCGAAGUAUACUUUCAUCCUAUGAGAUUGAACCCGAGAAGGAUAAUGCUCUUGGUGUAACUGAUCCUGUUCUUGUUAGUCAUUCUGGGGAAGCAACUUAA